AUGCAAGCCAACUUAACAUUAUAAGAUGAUGAAUAUUUUUAUUGUUCUCCUGAAGGUUUACAACGUAUAGGCUAAGUAUAUGACAAAAAUGAUCCUUAAAAAAAUAUAAAUUGGACAACUGAUUAUACUUUAGAAAUGCCUAUUAGAAUGAAGAAAAAAGGUCCAGGAAGUGAAAUCCCAUAAACAUUAAUUGAAAUAUUCGAAAAUACUUUGAAAUAAAUACCAGAAAAACCUGCUUUAAGUGUAAAAAAAGAUGGUAAAUGGAAAACUUUGACUUUUAAAUAAUACUAUGAAGCUGCAAAAACAUUCGGAAAAGCCUUAAUUUCAUUAAAAGUUUCCCCAUAUAAGAGUGUAAACAUAUUAGGUUAUAAUUCUCCGGAAUGGGUAAUUAGUUUUUAUGGCUCCAUAUUUGGAUUUUAUUUACCUGUGGGUGUAUAUACUACUAAUCAAGCCGAAGCAUGCCAAUAUGUAGCCGAAAAUUCUGAUUGUGAAGUCGCAGUUGUAGAAAACGAGUAGAAUUUGUAAAAGUAUCUUAAAGUAAUAGACAGACUGCCUUAAUUGAAGCAUAUUAUAGUAUAUUCAGGUGAUAAUUUUACUAAAUCAGAUAAAGUAAAUGUAUUGUCUUGGAACGAAAUAAUGGAAAUUGGAAAGAAAUUCAAAAGCGAAAAAGCUGAGGACGAUAUAGAAAAUAGAAUGAAGAGUUAAAAACCUGGAAAUUGCUGUACUCUUGUAUAUACUUCGGGAACUACAGGAAUGCCAAAAGGAGUCAUGCUCUCUCAUGAUAAUUAUACUUGGACAUCCCAAGCUGUACUUAAAUAAUAUGAUAUAAAAACUUAAGGAAAUGAUAGAAUUAUCUCUUAUUUACCACUUUCACAUGUUGCAGCUUAAAAUAUUGAUAUUGUUGGAUGUAUAUUGAGCGGAUGUCAUACAUAUUUUGCUGAACCGACUGCUCUUUAAGGAUCUUUAAUUGAUACAUUAAAGGAAGUUAAACCUACUUUUUUUUUCUCAGUACCUAGAGUUUGGGAAAAAAUUGAAGAAAAAAUGAAAGAGGUAGCUUCUUCUAAUGGAUGGUUAAAAACAUAGAUUUCAACAUGGGCUAAAGGAAUAGGUAUUUUAGGUGCUUAGUCUCGUAAUUAGAAUUUACCUUUUGGUUUUGGAAUUGCUAAAUCUUUAGUAUUUGAUAAUGUCAGAAAAGCUUUAGGAUUAUAAGAAGCAACACAUUUGAUGUAUGGUGCAGCACCUUUAUCACCUACUAUUCGAUAAUAUUUCUUAUCUUUAAAUAUGUAUUUGAUUUCUGCUUAUGGUAUGUCAGAAUCUGCAGGUCCUUAAUGUUUGUCUGAUAUUAAAAAUUAUGAUGUUUUUGAUAGUAAUUUUUAUGCAUCUACUGGUGCAAGUAUUCAGGGGACUAAUUUAAUAAUUGCCUAGCCUGAUAAAGAUGGAAAUGGUGAAAUUUGUUAUAGAGGAAGAAAUAGAUUUAUGGGUUAUUUCAAGAAUGAAGAAGCUACUAGAUAAACAAUUGAUUAAAACGGAUUUUUACAUAGUGGAGAUGUCGGGAAAUUAGAUAAAAAUGGAAAUUUGUCAAUCACAGGAAGAAUUAAAGAAUUAAUUAUUACUGCCGGAGGUGAAAAUGUGGCUCCUGUUUUAAUUGAAAAUAUUUUGAAAGAAUAACUCAAGUUUAUUUCCAAUGCAGUUGUUAUAGGAGAUAAUAAGAAAUAUUUGUCAGUCUUACUUACAUUUAAAUAUGUUGCCGAAGGAGAUAUAUUAACCAAUAAAUUUUCCCCAGAGACUUUAAGAGAAUUCGAAAUUUUGGGAUCGCAAGCUAAAAAUGUAGAGGAAGCGAGAAAAUGUUAAAAAGUUAUGAAAGCUAUUUAAUAGGGAAUUGAUAGAACUAAUUAGUAGGUGAUUUCUAAAGCUUAAAGGAUUUAAAAAUUUGCCGUUUUGGAAGGUGAUUUUACUAUUUAGUCGGGGGAUUUGACUCCUACUUUAAAACUUAAGAGAAAUGUCGUUUCUAAGAAAUAUGAAGGGAUUAUUGAAUAGUUAUAUAUCGAAUCUAAGUUGUGA